AGAAUAAUAUUAAGAAGAAAAACCUGUUGACAUAAAUUAAGAAAAAUAAAAUAAUAAUGAUGAUAGUAAAUAAAAAUAAAUUUUGGAAGAAAAAUAAGAUAACGAAAAAGACUAAUUAGAAAAAAACAAAUAAUAAUAAACAGGAAAUACUGAAAAUGAAUAAACAUAAUAAGAUCAAAAAGACAAUAAUAACGAAGAUAAAAAUUAAGAUUAAAAAAUAACAAUGAAGAAAAUAUAAAAGAAGAUGUCAAAUAAGAACAUGAAGUGAAAGAUUAAAAUAUUGAUACAGUAAAUUAAGAUGAUAAUAUAAAUAAUGAAAAAGAAUAAUAAAUAUAAUAAGAAGAUCUAGAUAAUAAUAUUUCUAACACUUUAAUAAAUUAAUGGGAAUAACAUAUGUAAGAUUUUGUUCCUGAUGACAUGCUUACAUUUUCAUUAUAGAAUUAUUCUGAAGAAAUUUUUGUCGAAGAUGUACUUGCCCCAACAUAAUUAAGAGGAGCUUAUUUUGUUGCGUAUAAUUCAGAAGAAAAUAUUAACUUUUUUAUAAGAGAUCCUUAAAAAAAGUUGUUUUUACUAAACUAAAUACUAGGGAAGGUAUCUUUAUUAUUGAUGCUGUUUAAGGGGAAUACUAAUUUAUUUUUUCUAAUUUAAAAGGCUCUGAAAAAAAAUCUAUCACAUUUACUUUAGAUGUUACAAAUAAUGAAGAAUCUCAUUUAAAACAUGAACAUUUAGACCCAGUAGAUAAAAUAUUAGAACAUGUAAUUUAAGGUAUUAAGACUUAUUUGAAUGAAUAAAGAUUUUAUUCUAAAAGAUAAUAAAGUUAACUUGAAUCAGUAAUGUAGGCUCAUAAUAAAUUACUUACUUUUUCUGUUUUGGAAAAUUUAAUUGUUAUUUUGGCUUCUAUUUGGCAAAUUUAUUAUAUUAAAAAAAUUUUAGAUAAUAAAAGAAUAGUUUGAAAAAAUUAAUUUUAUUAAUUUUUUUUUUAAAAAAAAACAUA